AUAAAUAAAAUAGGCUUUAUGCAACACUCCUAAAUAAACUCAUUAGGGACAAAUGGAAGUACGACACUUAAGGUAGUUUUCUGCACAUUUGACAGAAUUGUGUCUCUAACAUUGUUUAACUGUUGUCUCAAAAUGAACACAUUAAUGAUUUUGGACUUUUGCUCUGCCACAGAACAUCUUUGCCAUGGACCUCCGAAGUGCAAGCAAGGCCUCGGAGAAACCCCCCCCUCGAUUACGACUCUCCCUCACCCGAUCCAUGAGUACAGACGUGGACCAGGGUGAACGAGGCAGUCUGUACCGACGUCUGGCCCGGAGGAAGAGCAGACAGAGGGUGUCCAUAUGUGGGUCUGAGGGACCCUCAAAGAAAGAUAUCCUCCCCCAGAAGAAGAGGAGAGUGGAACCCAUUGAGGAAGACUGGAGUGGCACCAGCGAAGAAGAGAAGCAAGAGUCCGAAAGCAUCACAGAGGAGACGUGUGAAGACAGUUUCUAUGAGUGCAGCUCCCCACCCUUGCUGGAGCGAGAGGACUUCGAGACUGAGGAGGAGGAGAAGUCGGACACCGAGCUGGCAACGGUGAGCACAGAAACAUGGACUGACAGACCGGGAGGGUGGACGUCGGAAACGAUUGAAACCGUUGUGUGCGACCAAUCAAAAGACAGGGAUUCAACGCCCAAGGCUACACUGGACGAUGAGGUUUCCGUGGAGUCAGAUUGGUUCAAAAGUGAGGAUGAAGUAGAGUCGGAGUGUCCCAAAUUGGAGAGCAGCGUUUCUCAACGCGACAACACAACUUCGGUGAUAGUGAGUCUCCGAGGGAGAAGCGACACUACAGGCUCCACCACUGAGGAGCCGGCGAAUAAGAAGGAAGAAGGUAGCGACAAUCAGAGCGAAACGGAAACAACGCCUGCUGAUCCCGCUGAGGACGAACAUCCCAGAAAGGUGAUAUCUACUGACGUGACGAUCAACUGUCUGACGGUGACGAUUAAAGAAGCCCUGGUGGCCAAAGGCUUCUUCAAGGGCUAUUAAAGGUUGAGAUAAAAAAGAUUCAAAUAACCAUAAGUAGACUUGCCACUCAUUUUAUACGUGUAAAUAGUCGUGUUUGUUAGUUAAGUCCGCACACGUUUACAAAGAUACACUCAUUUCCUACUGAGUUCACUGAAGACAUUGUUGCCUUUAAAUAAAUAAAUCAUUUUAUUAUUGUGGCGCAUAUAUAGAGUGGUGCAGUAAUAGCGAAUUUCUGCAGGCCAACAUGGAAGUUAGCAUUGCGAGAGUUUCUCCCUGACAAAAAGCCAAUGGGAUUUUUACAUUGGAAUUUAAAAUAUUCCAGAAAAUAAGAUCCAUGGCGAACACAUUUUUAUGAUACUUAUACAUUUUAUUCAGCAGGAUAAUCUCUGAAUACUAAUGGCACUUUAUGAUAUUAUAAGCAUUAAUGCAAUCUCCAGAAGUAAAAAUCUAACGUUAGCUUCAAACGAACCAUGACAUUACGUCUCCACCGCUAAGCUAACGGCUGCUAAAGUUGACGUUAAGUAGUCUUUUUUUAGACUCUUCUUAACAAUCACUGACAAAUAAGGGCUUCAGAAAUGUACCAGUGGUGUAUUUACUGAAGUAUUUUGAAGCGUAAAUGCAAUCGCCAGAAGAAAAACAAUAACUUUAGGCUGAAAACAAACUACAGCAUGGGUCACAUGACUUCAAAAACAAACCAUAAAAAUCACUUAAAGGUGACCUAUCAUGCAAAAUGCACCUUUGUACGU